CCGGGCUCCGGGAAAUAUAGCUAGCAUCCGUUCCUCCGCCACGCUCACUCCCCGCGCCACCCCGAGCAGCGGUUACAACACAGGAACCAGAAAAUCCCAGGGGUUAACGCUCCCAUUUAAAUAUAGACUUACGCCAACAAUAUCCAGAUCUAAUUGUAGGUCGCCGGUAGAUAUGUUGGUCAAAUUUGCAAUAGCGCUAUUGGUUCUCUCAGUCUUUGAACAAGUAGUGGUGACGGAUAAUACCGAUUUCCAUGACAGUCCGCCAGAAAAACCGGCCAGCCAGAAAGGACGGCUCUCUUUACAGAAUACAGCGGAAAUCCAGCAUUGCCUGGUGAACGCUGGUGAUGUGGGUUGCGGUGUCUUCGAGUGUUUCGAGAACAACUCUUGCGAGAUCCGCGGCCUCCAGGAGAUCUGUAUGACCUUCCUGCACAACGCCGGCAAGUUCGACUCCCCGGGCAAGUCCUUCAUCAAGGAUGCCCUGAAGUGCAUGGCCCACGGCCUGCGCCACAAGUUCAGCUGCAUCAGCCGCAAGUGCCUGGCCAUCAAGGACAUGGUGUUCCAGCUGCAGCGCGAGUGCUACCUCAAGCACAACCUCUGCUCCGCCGCCAAGGACAACGUCAACGUCAUGGUGGAGAUGAUCCACUUCCAGGACCUCUUCCCCAAAGGGCCGUACGUGGAACUGGUCAACAUCCUGCUGAGCUGCGGCGAGGAAGUAAAGGAGGCCAUCACGCGCAGCGUGCGGCUACAGUGCGAGCAGAACUGGGGCGCCCUGUGCGAGAGCCUGACCCUCUGCUCCCCGAUGCCCAACGGGGCCCCCGCCGCGGCGCCCGGGGCCCCCGCGGGUCCCCCGGCGGACCGGCAACGCCACGCCAGCGCCAGCGCCACCCUCCCUGUACACCCCCCUCCGGAGUCAGAGGGCCCCAAGAGCCACCCGUCGUCCACCAGGCAGGACAAGGAGAAGGCCAGCAAAGGGGGGUUCAACACGCACCCCAGGAGUCGUGGCCAGGGGGGGUCCCGUCGCAUGAACCUGGAGGGCGGUGGGGCGCUCAAGCAGGAGGACCCCGAGGCCACAGACAUCCGGAGGUGAAAGUGCCCCCCCCUCUCUCUCCCUCCCUCCUCUCAAGAGUCCUCCCCGCCCCCGCCAGCUCCUCAAAAUAACACAAAAACAUGUCCUGGACCAUGACGCCAUCAACCCCCCCACCUUGUCCCCUACACACAUACAGUACAACACACAGCACAAUCACCCACCCACGCACAUAAACAUAUACAUAGACUGAGUAGCAGGACAACAGAUCUACUCCCUCGAUCUCCCUUGACCCCAAAAUAACAACCCCGUCCCACCCCUCCCUCAAACGUACCCCGCCCCCCCCAAAGUUCCUUGUCGACAGUCAUUCCAACACUCCCAAAUUGUACAUUUUAUUUGCAGGGUAUGCGGUCUAGUUCAUUUUGUUUCUUGUAGGCAGAGUAAUUCUUUUGUUUGUUUGUUUGUUUUUUGUCGAUAUUAUUAUAUAUGAUAUAAGUAUUAUUAUUACCACAGCUAUAACAUCACGAAUCAUACUCAAUGGUAUGGUUUAUUCACAUUUUUAUUUAUUUUAUUCUUUAUGCAAUGUUUUUUUAAUAUCAAAAAUGUACAUAUAAAACACAUCUAUAUUUAUAUAUAAGUAUAUAUAAGUAUAGCCACCAUAAGCAAUACAGAGAAACUAUAUGUAAUAAGGUGCAUAGAAUACUCCAAGAAUUAUUACCAAGACGUAGUUUCACUUGUGCAACAAACCACACUUUGGACUGUAGAUAUGUAACAUACAUUAUUUGUUUUUUUGUUGCUUUUUUUGUUUCGUUUUGUUGUGCUUCAACGUUGGAACAUGUUGUUUGCAUCAUACUUCUUAAAUACUUGAUUAAAUACAAGCUGUACAGGAUUAAAGUGAGGACCCGGCACAUAGACACGCGUCAGAGAAAACUAAUAGAGGAGACACAGCCGACAGUUCUGCAUUUGUAAAGCAAAAGAAAGAAAACCCCCUCCCCACACACACACACACACACACACAAACACACACACACACACCACAUCUUUACAGUACUAACUGUACAAUGGAGCCAGGGCUGGACUGGUUAUCUGGCAUACAGGGCAUUUUCCCGGGGGGCUGACAGCCCCAUAGGGGUCGAUACUGUUGUGGUGGUUGUUUUCCUGGGGAUUGGCUGACAAUUCAGGGGGGAAGGCCCAUUGGUCCAUCGUCAAUAUAGACAGUGGAUUCAGCCAGUCAAGAUAUAGUAUGAGAGUGGUCUGUGUGUGUUCGGGGCCGAUCUAGGCCAAAAAAUGCUCGCUGACAUUUUUCAGUCCCAGUCCAGCCCUUGAAUGGAGCAUCUCGGAGCUGUUUAGCCCACUGUAGAGUAGAGUUGCCCAGCCAGGACUCAAACCCUGGGGUAGUAAACUGGGGCUCUGACCGUUUCACCAAAAGAGCCCGGCUCGUUGGCGUGCCAGUCAGAACACACCCACAACCCUAGCGAUGGUCACUCCAUCACACAGCCGAUAGUCCCCCACUCCACCAAGUUCUUUUGCUGGUAAAAUCCACCUUCCAAACCCCGAUAAGACUGUCACCAAUUCCUCGUGUUUGUCUGAACCAGGGGUGGGGAAAUCUAUGUCUAGAAGGCCCUUUGCGACCCUUGAAGCCGCUUUAUCUGGCCCCGACAUAAUUUUAAUGUUAUGCAGCUUCAUAUGAAAUAUGACAUAUUUUGUAAAGGAAUCUUACAAAUUCCAUUUGCAGUACAAUUAAGCUAUAUUCAGGGGACCUAAAGAAUGUGGGGUCUGUUGUAAAGGUGGCUGACUUCAAUAUAGGCCUAAAGUGCAGGGGGAAAUGCUGGUUUGUGUUCGUAGCACAACCCUUGGAGGACUUUUACAGCCCUUGGAGCAAUUUGAAAUGGCCCUUCGAAUGGAAAAGGUUCCCCGCCCCUGGUCGAAACGGUACUCACGCACCCACUCUUUCCCCCUAGUCAGCCGUCAUGAGUUAACUAAAAGCUGUACGAAAAACACUCGGUGAACCACAGGUGCCUAUAGAGUAUGUGUGCUCACAAGCUAUACUCUGAGCAGCCUCUGUCUUGUGUUGCUCUGAACUUAAACCCAAAGGGUACAGAAGUUUCAAUAAGCUUGUGUGAUGCCGGGGACACAUUCACACGAAUUUUGGCCCCACGAAGUGAACUUCGCCAUUCAUUCCUACGAGGGAGGCGAAGGCAAACGAACAAGAGCGAAGCUAUUCGAGCAAGAGCGAACAUAUUCGACCAAGUUUAAUAUAAUGUAAAUGGGGAACGAAUUCCGCCUGCAAUGGCCAUGGCAGGCCAAUCAACAACGGUUAAGCUGUCAGAAUGGACACUGAAUUUCGCCUCGCCUCUUUGCUUCGCUGGUGUCGCUUCGCCUGCAUGUGUCCCUGGCGUGAGUGGUCCCGACUCGGCAAAAGACGUUGGGAAGGGGAGCAGGGUCUGGACCCUUGUCGAACCCCAGUGUGAGCCGCUGUUGCUAUACAUGGGGUUUUUUGUUUAUAAACACGGUGUUGCGAGGAGAGGCCAGACAUUUCUUGACAGACAGCAAUCAGAGGUUGAGUUGUGCGCAGCCAGGGGAAAACAAAAUUUGAGAACCCAUGUAUAAGAUACUCAUUGAGCUGAGGUACCUUGCCAUUAAAACACAGUAGCACUCCUAGCGGUUAGGGUUAGAGUUUGGGCUAUAUUAACAGCUUAUUGGUAGCUUAUAUUGAUAUAUGAAGCAGCCCAUCUCAACAGAACAGCGGAAACCCCAUACCACCUUUUGCUGACAUAUGAUAUGUACGGGAAAUGGAUCGCAGAGGCGGCGUUCACACUGAGUGGCUGUUUUUCAGACCCCAUUUACACGUAUAAGGAUGUGUUUGUAAACACAUCGGCAUGGGCCUCUUGUUGAAGCUCAAACUGAGUUUUAGACAUCUGCAUUUAUACCACCAGUGUAGUGCUAAAGAACUGGGAGCUAGGAAGCUAAAAUGCACCAGUCAUAAUGGUGGUUUUAUUUUUUAUCAACAUGCAAUGUUUAUAUGUAAACGGAUAACAAAUAUCUGUAUUUAAAUAUAUUCACAUAUGUGUAAUCAAAGCCUUAAUCUGAUAUUCAUAGUAUGAGGAAAAUUGCUAACAUCAAUCACAAAUGUUUAUCUGCAUGGGUGUUGUUGCUACGAUGUGUUACUUUGCCAUUAGGUAGCACGCUAAGCUAAGUAACAACCAAUUUAAAUGCAAAUCACCACACAUUGAUUGAACUAUGUUUUGAUAAGUUAUCUUACGUUAGUCACUCUUUUGCUUGCACUUGACAACAGCUUAGCUGUUUCCUCAUCGUGGUGAUAGAUCUGUUUAUGACAUUCAGUGGCUACAGUUCCAAUGGAGGGGGUUCGUUGAUAGCUGUGGCACUUUAUAAUAAGGGAUGCAUAAAAAGCAUUUGGGAGACUUUGUAAAUAAUUAACUAACGAUGAACAAAACAUUAACAAAUGUUUGUGAAUGUGAGUGGGAAAUGUUAUGUUGAUAUUUUAUAUUUAGCAAACAUUUACAGUUUGUAAAUGAAUUAAAAAAUACUCUGUUAAAAGGUUAGGAAAAUCUUGAACAUAUUAAUUUGUAGAUAUUUUAUGAAGCAUUAAUAAAACUUUGUUUAUAAUAGAACCAUUCGUUAAUGUUUUGUGCAUCAUUAGUUAAUCAUUUACUAAGUCUUCAUAAUGCUUUUUAUGCAUCGCUUAUUAUAAAGUCUUACCCUGGUAGCCUAUCUCAGUGUGAACACCGUCUUAUGUGGCCAUGAAAAUGCAGUGGACCCUGGGACAGAACUGGGACAGACCUGGGACAGACCCAAGGCAGACUAAGGGAACUAGGGAAACGUGAGGAUUUUAAAAAAAAGGACGCAUAAAUGUGAAUACUUGCUACUUUUGCUAGCCGUUAUAAAGCCUACCUGUACCUAUUCCCCCCUUUUUUACUUCUCACUUCUCUUCCCUUCCCCCUCCUAUAGCUCGCGGCAACUAAAAUUCCCUCUCUUGAGUGCUUUUAGGACUGUCAGAAAGCUGACUGUCCACGUCUGUCAGACUGUUUUAUAGCGAAUCAGUGAGAGAGAGAGAGGGCAAGCUGGCCUAAAGGCCAGUGAUUAUACCACUUAAACGUGUACAGUGAACAGUAGAGACCCUCUCCCCCUCAACCUCCAGACGAUAACCCUGAUCGUCCAUCAAUCCCCGAGCCCUAACCCUACCCCACACACCUUUUACCUCUUAGAGUCAUCAGCUAGACAGAGCUGAACGCAAGCAGUGUGCUGAUGAGAAAGAAUGUGCAUGUGUGUGUGUGUGUGAG